AUGAAGCUCGUACUUUCAACAUCAAACAUCAUGGGCAGAGGGCCCACAGUGAUGCGUCGGCCAACAAUCGAAAAGUCGAACGCAGAACUCACAAAUACUCUACGCGCGAAUUUUACUGCUCAGAAAGAACUGUAUAAGCCAGCCCAUACAAUAGACUCCCCAAACACGAACUCAGAUUUUAAAGCUUGGACGCAGCAGAUUGGUUCAACACUAUAUAUUCCGUCCCUAGAGAACACAGAGACAGGGCUGAUAGAAGAGCGCGCACAAUACGACAUUACUGUCAAGCUUUUCUUCCUUCCCAACAUACCUGCCUCAAGACGGCGUGCUCAAGCGAAAGAGGCGGUUGACUUUGUCUUGAACGCCCUGAAGGUGACUUCUAUCGACUUGCUUAUAGUGUCCUUUCCUGGUAUUGCAUUCGAUGCAGAUGAUGAAGACUCCGACUCGGACGUUGACUCCUCAGAAGAAGCUCACUCCUCGCCAGCUGACCCAGAAGACAUACCUACUAUGCUGGAAACUUGGCGGACAUUGGAAGAACUCCAUGACGUUGGGGUAAUCGGAAAGCUAGGCCUAGCAGAAUUCGGCACACAACGUUUGAACAAAUUACUGCCACAAACUCGAGUACGACCGAGUGUUAAUCAGAUUAACCUUCGCGACUGUUGCGUAGUGCCAAAGCCCCUUAUACUUUUUGCCAAAAAAGAAAAGAUCGAACUCCUGACCCACAACGAUUGUACUGACAUCUUGCCUCGAGGGACGCUGCGCGAAUUGCUUGGCUCAGGGCAGCAUGGCGUUGAAGUCUUAGCUGAUCCAAAUACAGAGGAUGCUGGCCGCCUGGAUGGUGAUGUUGAGCCCGAAUUUGUGGUCAAGUACACUGCAGUCAUCAAAGACCGGGGUGUCGUUGAGAACAAGGGAUAUUUUGCGGUUGCAGAAUUGAAAGCAAGCCCAGACAUGAACGAGAAUCCACGAAAGCGACCAUUGGAGGCAUAA